AUGGGUCGCCGCCCUGCUCGUUGUUAUAGAUACUGUAAGAAGAAACCAUAUCCAAAAUCACGGUUCUGCCGAGGUGUCCCUGAUGCAAAGAUAAGGAUUUUUGACCUAGGUCGAAAAAAGGCAAAAGUGGAUGAGUUCCCACUCUGUGGUCAUAUGGUGUCUGAUGAAUAUGAACAACUGUCCUCUGAAGCUUUGGAGGCUGCAUGGAUCUGUGCCAACAAAUACAUGGUGAAGAGUUGUGGUAAAGAUGGCUUCCACAUCCGUGUUCGACUGCACCCUUUCCAUGUUAUUCGAAUCAACAAAAUGUUAUCUUGUGCUGGUGCUGAUAGACUCCAAACAGGCAUGCGGGGUGCCUUUGGGAAACCCCAGGGUACUGUUGCUCGUGUACGUAUAGGACAGGUGAUCAUGUCUAUUCGCACCAAAGUCCACAACAAAGUGCAUGUUAUUGAGGCUUUGCGCCGAGCCAAAUUUAAGUUCCCUGGUUGCCAAAAGAUCCACAUCUCAAAGAAAUGGGGCUUCACGAAGUUUAAUGCAGAUGAAUUUGAGGACAUGGUAGCUGAGAAAUGUCUCAUUCCUGAUGGCUGUGGGGUCAAGUAUAUCCCCAUUCGUGGUCUGCUGGACAAGUGGCGUGCAUUAUUCCACUCAUCAUAA